AUGACUAACAAAAAGUUUUUCGAAUACUUCUUGAAGCAGCCCCAUCUAGGUCCUGCAACGGACACUUGGAAAAGUUCCGAGGACAAAAGUGAUGUUGAAGAACAUACACUACCAGCUGAGGAACUGCCAGCCUAUGACGAAAUCGCUGCUAAUAUAGAGAAGUUCGUACAAGCACCAGCUAAGCGAAAUGUCAUUUAUAAAUGCUCGAUAACCCGAGAUAAAAGAGGAGUAGACAAAGGAAUAUAUCCAACCUAUUACUUACACCUUGAAAGGGAGGACAAGAAGAAGAUUUUUUUGCUAGCUGCCAGGAGACGAAAAAAAAGCACCACAGCCAAUUACCUUAUUUCUACAGAUGCAACGGAUUUGAAACGGGAGGGAAGCGCUUUUGUAGGAAAAGUAAGAAUGCAUAUUCUCAUACCUGGAAUCUAUGAUAUCAACACAUAUGAACGCAAGUCGAUUCGUCCCGUAGCGGCGAAGGAUACACUGUUAGAGAGGUACCGUCAACGUCGAACAGAUGAUAUUAUUGUAAUGCAAAAUAAGAGUCCUGUAUGGAAUGAAGACUCACAAUCGUAUGUCUUGAAUUUUCAUGGACGUGUUACACAAGCAUCGGUGAAGAACUUCCAAAUCAUACAUGAUCACGAUCCUGACUACAUCGUCAUGCAGUUCGGACGAAUAUCAGACGAAUGUUUUUCCAUGGAUUUUCGCUAUCCACUAAGCGCUUUGCAGGCUUUCGGAAUCGCCAUGACGAGUUUCCACGGAAAACUCGCUUGUGAAUAA